AUGAGUGAUACUCCCCCCAUCCUUGAUACCCCCGACUGCCAGAAUGAGUCCCAGCAGCUGAGCGAGGCGCUCGAGGAGUGCAUCCGCAGCUUCACACAGGAGCACCAGAAGCUCAAGAGCCCCAAGGCCACCUACCUGGCCAAGUGCCUCGAGCUCGAGGCCCUGUCCAGCACAAGCGACUCCAGCCUGCCCACCUCGCCGCUGGAGCUGCGCAUGUUCCGCACCAACGCCAUGGAGCACGGUCGCAUCCUGGGCAAGAUGCGGGAGAAUAUGGCCAAGGAUCAGGAGGUCUUCGAGAAUGCCCACACCCAGGCAAUCGGCCGUCUCGUCGACCAGCUGUUCUUCCUCUUGGGUCCGUUGCUCACCGAGAGGGCCAAGCGAGAGCAGGGGCCGUCUGUCCAAUGCCCUCCCAGUCCAUCACCACAGCCUGAGAUCACCCUUGGCCAGGCGAUUGAAGAGGACUCUGGGGAUGACAGAUUGCCCUUGUCCGACAGUGAACACGAACAAGUCGUCAGCCCAAGAAAGAAGCAACCGAAAAAGACAAAGACACGGAGAAGUGCCCCUCGCUCUCGCAACAUCGAGUUUGAAGACGUCUACCAGGAUGGCGAACCGGAUGAACGACGACUCAUCGUGCGGUACCCGGAGAACCACGGCCACUUCUACGUCCUCCACUGCGAUCGCCACGACCUUCAUUUCGAUACACUUUCCAGCGGAGCCUCGCAUCUCAGCAUUGCCGAUCACGGAGGCAAGAGGCCAAACUUCCGUGCUGUGAUCCAGCAGCUCGGGGUCCUCGUCUUAGGAUGCAGCGCGAGCCUAGCGAAGACGAACAAUGCUCCUCCCGGCCCCAAGCCCCCCCAUGGCGUCAAGAGAAAGCCGUCUUUUGUGCAGGAACAGAACCGUAAGCGAUCUCGAGCUUCUAGUGACAGCUCCCAGCGCCGCCGGUCAAAUGCCUCCGAGGUUGCGAGGAACGCAGAGGAAGAACCUACACGCCGUGAGAGCCAGACUGCCACCGCAAGGGCGUCCAGUGAUCGGGAGUAUAGCUGCGAGGUCACCCCGCCCCCCGACAAGGUCUACGAGUCCAUCCUCGACCCUGUCCCAGGAGACAUAUACUUCUGUCUGGUCAGUGAGACAAGGAGCUACGUGCCCGUUCUCCUCCUCCCCAUGGAGAACCUCGAGGAUGUGGGCAUCCAGGGAACACUCACCUCCCUCGGAUUGAUGGACGACCUGCCCAACGCGUUUGUUCGCAACCCCGAGACUGGCAAGCUGGACUGGGCGGAGGGAUACGACGAGAAGGGGAAGCUGGCGGCCAAGCGUGCAUUCCCCGCCAUCUACCUGACCAGCAAGAGAUUCCCGGCUGGCUGCCCCGUCGCCUGGGUGGCAGCGAUGAACUUGAGGCAGUGGGAUCUGAGCAGCAACAGUGUCCCACUCAAUUUGAACGAGCACUGCGAGGUUCUGAGGGACAUCAUGCGUCAGCGAGAAAAGGCGAUGCUCCCCCACCGGCGUUCAAGCCCUGCCGAAGGCGUAGAGGAUGCGGGAGAGCCGAUCGUCACAGACGAGGCAGCUGGAGAGGCGACGCGAGCCGAUACUCCUCCAGCUCCAAACGAAUCACUCGACGCAGGGGCAUCAAGAGGCGCUUCUGUCGCCCUUAGGGAAAUCUUUGGCAUUGGAGAGGUCAUUUCUCGUCCCACACCUCGUAGGGACAUAGAGAUCAUCGAAAUCCUUUCCUCUUCAGAAAGUGAGGAUGAAGCUGAGGAGAUCACGAACCCCGACCCCCCCUCAAUCUCCCAGCAGAGUCCCGAUGAUGCUAUGGUGGCGGUGGAACCUUCAGAUGUUUCUCGUGAAGAUGCUGAUGCGAAAGGUGCUGUCGAGUCUGUCGUCGACAAGAAUGUUGAAAAGCCGGUGGACCUUGCUGUCGCCACCAACGAGGUUCCUAAUGAGGAUGGGCUAAUAUUCACCACGCCGCCUUCAUUCGUCGUUGAUGAAGAUAUUGAUGCUUCCAUGGAUGCCACUCUUUAUAUGGAUGAGCUCUCUAUGCCCGAUGCCCCAUCUCCGCCGCCCAUCUCUGAUACAAAUAUUGAGGACGCUAUAACAACUGCAGCCUCUUCAGCUAUCGCCAUCAAGGAUGAUAUCGAGCCCUCGCAGGUUGCUUCUCCUCAGAAGGCCUCCCAUACGGUCGAUGACGUGACAAAGGCCACAUCACCCCCAGCUAUCACGCCGAGAGAUGGUAGUGACGCGGAGAAGAUGCGCCCUUCCGUUUUCCACGAAAGUGCCGAUGCCGUGGUGGAGAGUACAACCCCUCCUAAUACUCAUCGAGAUGUUGAUGGCAUCAUGGAGACUGCUUACACUUCAGUUUCUCACGAAGACUUUGAUGAACCAAUGGAGGAUGCAAGCCCCCUCGUCCUCCCGGAUGGAGACGAUGAUAUGAUGGACACGCCACCGCCUUCUGCAGUCUCUCAAGAGGAUAAAGUGGGAGUCGCACCCCCUUCCAGCCAUACUGCUGAAGAUAUCGACAGCCUGAUCCGGAGCUCAACUGCCAACGCCACGUCCAGUGAGGAUUUGAGUGCCUUGAAUAAGGCACUUUCUCCUCCAGUAUCGGACUACCUACCACAAGAGCAGGUAUAUAAUUUCUUGCCAGCUGGCGAAGAACCAUCCCAGUCAGCAUCAUGUUCAGACUCGCCAGGCAAACCAAGUCACUCAAAAACUGCUUCGACUCCAAGUGAAGAGGCAACGAACACCGACCGGUCAUCAUCGCUCUUCAGCAAGAGCUACUUUGCCGCACCUCAGACUGGAUCCCCUUCAUUUUCUCAUGAUGAAAGAGUUGCAGGAGUUGAUCUUCGGGAUUUCGCCUUUGUUGAGAAGAGGAAGUAUGUCUCCCCAUACAAAACUUACGAGAAACCUGCCGAGGGAACACAUAGACCAGUCUCUGCAGUCUGUCCAAGCACCAAGACGGAGGAAGGACAGAAGACUUUGGCAUCUCCCCUGGCCACGGUAACCAGUAUUGCUGAGAGCGCAUUGGACAACCGUGGGCCAGAAGAAUUGAACGUGAGCGGCCUCAGGCUCGACUCGGCCCGCAAUGACAUGGUCAUAACGCAAUCCGAGGAUGUCGAUCAGGUAUCAUCAAAGGUAUCAGGGGAGAUCAAAGGGCAGCCCAACACUUCGGCGGUGCGUUCUCGCCUGCCGUCGGCCACCGCUGCAGAAUUUGAUAAGCCCUUCUCAUCAUCAAAGAAAUCGCCUCCAGUCCCGCAUAUCAAGCCUGAGGCGACCAAGAUCAGUCGUCACUCGAACAUCAAGUCAGCCUCCACAACAAAAGAGCAAGAAACUCGAGCUCCUUCUCCUCAAGCCACGGCGGCUCGAACCAAAUCACCCGGUUCACAUGUGACACCAUCUAUUGCGGAGCUCCUGACGAGGGAUCUCGAUGCCCCUUCCACUCAGCAUCAUAGCCCUCGGCAAGCCCUAGAUAGCUCUAUUCCCACUGGUCUUGCUAAGAUUUUAUCGAGAGAUGCCUCGCCAGAACCCGAGAAGAUGAAUGCAUCAAGGGCUGUAUGCUCUCCACCCUCAAAGCACGGUUUUGCCAAUAUACUCAACCAUUCUCCCAUCGACAACAACAUGGAUAAUCAAAAAGCAUUCCUUGACAAUACCUUGGCACCUCAAAAUACCUGCAAACCAUCUUUGCGCCAAUUGGCGGCCCAAGCGACAGAAGCCAACGGCCGUCAGAGUGACCGCGAACACACAGCCACCCGUUACCCUCCAGCAGGUGAUUCUGGAGGUACGACGUAUACCCAGCGCCCUGUUAUGGCUUCUUCACACAACCGUGAAUCCAGUCGAAGCUCGGUGAAUUCGCAGCCACACAGUUCCGGCUGGCAACCCACGACACUCGUCGCUUCACCAGGCAAAGUUCAAUGUUCCCCCAGAUUGCUCCAGGAAGAAGCCAGACAAGCGCUGGAGAAGAUUCAGAGUUCCACCGCACAUCAACAAAGUAGCUCACUUGACCAGCACAAGCAGAGGCAUGUCGCCUUCCAGCAAGGACUUCCUUCGCCCACACCCCAAACGACGGGCUUGAAACCGCAGUAUGCCAACUACCAUGAUCCACCUACUGCACAGUCUGGCAAUGGAACAAGGAUGGAAAGGAGAGAGGCGUACGAUUUCAGGGCUCCAUUAUCCCCAACCGACUCCCAACACCAGUUCCCGUCGUGUCCAACGUUUGGGUUCACAUCGCCAAAGCCACAACCACGGGAGCCACACGCAUUCUCCAGCGGUCCCGAGCAUGGGAACCAACAACCUGUUGCAGAGGGACGAGAACUCCCACCACUGCGAAACUCUCCUACCAUCCAUCAUCGCAACUCUUUCACGCCGCACAACCACCGCGCCCAACAAAGAGCCGCUCCGCAAGGCCCUACUCCAGAGGCCGGAGCCCGCAUGGGCCCUACACCACCCUCGGCCGACCUCGGUCAGGGAGCAGGGGCUCAUGAUCUGAAGUGGACUGCCGUCUCGCAGGCCGCGAGCUCGGCUCCUUGGCUCGUGACGCCCCCCGGCGGCGUGCACGAGCAGGUUCAGGGACCCAAGCGCUCGGGGGCCAACGACUACAAGAUUAAUAUUCAGUCCAUGAGAUCGGCUCUAAAUACUUACAUAUGCGACUACUGCCCUUCGAGGAGCAAGAAGCACUACCAGACGGCUGGCUGGAUGAAGAAGCACCUCGAGCAAGUCCACGGCGUGGCCGCCCGGUCCAUGAUCUAA